GCCUAUUCGCCGUCGCCAGUCAAAAUCCAACGAACGCCCUCGAGGAAGCAAGCGCCAUGGACUCCUGGGAUGAUGAAGAAUUCGAAGUGCCCACGUUGAACGACAAGAAGCCUGUCGUCGCCAACUGGGACGACUCGGAAGAGGAGGAGGAAGAAGUCAAGCCCGUCGUCGCCGCCAAGCCGGCCGCGCCCACGGGUCCCCUCAAGCCCAAGCAGCUCAAGAAGAUGAUGCUCAAGGAGCAGGAGGAGAAGCACAAGCUUGAAGUCGCGAUCGCCAAGGCCCGCGCCGAGGAGGAGCGCCACAUGACGGCCGACGAACUCAAGGCCAAGCAGCAGCGCUCGAUCGAGGAAGCCGACUUUGAGAACACGCUCGACGCGUUUGGUUUGAGCACGUCGAACGCGGUCAAGACCAAGGUCGCGAAGGCCGGCGACCUCGAGACGGUCGUCUCGGACAUGAAGCUUGUGACGCUCGCCGACCACGAGGACCUCGGGUCGCUUGUCGGCAAGCGCCUCGUCAACUCGAACGCCAAAUACGUCGUCGAGUUUAUGAAGACGCUCAUCUCGCACGCGUCGACGAACCUCACGGCCAACGACAUGAACGACCUUACGACCAUCAUCAACGUCAUCAAGAACGAGAAGAUCCAGGCCGCCAAGCCCAAGGGCAAGAAGAAGAAGGUCACGGGCAAGCAGGGCUACGCCAAGGUCGAGCGGGCGACGGGCGGCGCCGGCGCCGGUGCCAACGUGGAGGACUACGACUAUGGCGAUGACGAUUUCGAUGAUUUUAUGUAAACCUACAAACCGCCUUUUGCUACCAUA